UUCAUUCAUAAAAUCAAAUCAAAAAAAACUAUUUAUUCAUUGAUUUGUUUUUUUUUGAAACUAAACGUCAAUCGCGGCGGCCGUCGGGUAUUGUCGGUCGUCGUUGACCACCGAAGACUUGGACAAAAACAAUGACCACAACAACGACGACGGCUACAAAAGUUUCCGCCAGAGAUUGUCUUUUAAUGGCCAACGAUAUCAUUGUCGGACGCAAUCUAUCGAUACCACGGCUAUCGUCUCUUAAGGACAUAAACUAUGCGUUUUUUGUCCACAUAUUCGAAGAUCUGUUCGGCGACGACGAUAUCGCCGCUAUUGUCCAGCGGCCACAAUCUCGCGGACACGAAAUCCAACUAAUGACCAGAUUGUUGGCCUAUGUUUCCGGCGAUUUGUUUGCCAUACCAUUAGAUCAUAUAUCGCCCGCGGGUUUAGUGGCCGGCGAUUUAGUAGCCAUUCAUGACUUUUUGGAAAUUAUUGCCGAAUUUCUCAAGUAUUUGCCCGAAGAGUUUACCGAAAAUAAUAAUAAUAGCAAUAAUAGUCGGUCUUAUCGGUCAACAGUUGGCCAAUAAUUUCAAUAAUAUUUAUAAUUUAUUUUAAUUUAAUUUAAUU